ACAAUCUGUCUCACAAUUAAAACCAUAUCUCUUUGUUCCGUUCACAAGCUCAGAAGGCUCUUCAAUUUUCGCUUCCAAGAAAAAGACAUUAUAGCAGUGCCGAAAGAAAAAAUAUGUCGGGCGCUACUUGUAUAGACAUCAUCCUGGCAAUCCUCUUGCCUCCUCUCGGUGUCUUCCUCAGGUUUGGUUGCAAGGUGGAGUUUUGGAUCUGUUUGUUACUGACCAUCCUCGGCUAUAUCCCUGGGAUUAUUUAUGCUGUCUAUGCCAUCACCAAGUAGUAGUGAACUUUAUUAUUUUGUGGAGGUCGAGUGAAACGCAUCUAUGUCUUUUGGUCCAGGCUAUAGCUUUCGGGAGGAGGACAGAACACUUCUUUCGGUGUGUCGAAGUGUUCUGUUUUUUUUUUUCUUUUUGGUUUUCCUUUUCACCGUUUGUGGUCUCUGGUUUUCUUUUUUGAAUAAUCCAUAGUUAUCUGUAUUUCAUUUAUUUAUACUCGAUCGUUACAAAUCUUACGUGUAUAAGAAACUACAAAAGACCCUCCGGGCCAUCUUCUAUCCAUACUUUUUUGUCAUUUAUAGUGUAAGCAUAAUUUGCUAAAAGAUCAGCUACCUAUGUCGGUUGUCAUGUUAGUGAAUCCCAAUAAAAUAUUCUUAGUUUAAUGUGAA